GUUGAUUGGAAUUUUAUGGAAAGUCAAAAGCGUAGCUUGCGAUCAUGCAAAGUAUUUCAAAUAUUGUCUAUCUGACACUUUGCUAGACGUUCGAAUGGAAGUUUAAGGUUGGCAAAAAGUUGUGAGACCAAAAGUUGUUUUCUGUGCAUGGACGGAAAGCAAAUGCGCAGGGGUACCAGCGCACGCCCAGACAACACCGGAAUGGACAUCACCGCACGCUGCACACUGGGUGAUCCCAACAAGCUCCCAGAGGGUGUGCCCCAGCCGGCACGCAUGCCCUACGUGUCCGACAAGCACCCUCGCCAGACGUUAGAGGUCAUCAAUCUGCUACGCAAGCACAGGGAACUGUGUGAUGUCGUGUUGGUGGUCGGCGCCAAAAAGAUCUAUGCCCACAGAGUGAUCCUUUCGGCCUGCAGCCCUUACUUCAGGGCCAUGUUCACAGGCGAGCUGGCCGAGAGCCGUCAGACGGAGGUUGUGAUCCGGGACAUUGACGAGCGGGCCAUGGAGCUGCUCAUUGACUUUGCCUACACUUCGCAGGUUACCGUUGAGGAAGGCAAUGUGCAGACAUUGCUGCCCGCCGCUUGUCUGUUACAGCUGGCUGAGAUUCAGGAGGCUUGCUGCGAGUUCCUCAAGCGCCAGUUGGACCCCUCCAAUUGCCUGGGUAUCCGUGCCUUUGCUGACACCCACUCCUGCCGCGAGCUGCUGCGGAUAGCUGACAAGUUUACACAGCACAACUUUCAAGAGGUGAUGGAGAGUGAGGAGUUCAUGCUGCUUCCAGCCAACCAGCUAAUAGAUAUAAUCUCCAGUGACGAACUGAAUGUGCGAAGUGAAGAGCAGGUUUUCAAUGCAGUCAUGGCCUGGGUCAAGUACAGCAUUCAGGAGCGCCGGCCACAGCUGCCACAGGUCCUCCAGCAUGUUCGUCUUCCUCUUCUGAGCCCCAAAUUUCUGGUGGGAACGGUAGGAUCAGACCCUCUCAUCAAAAGUGAUGAGGAGUGCAGAGACCUCGUUGAUGAGGCAAAGAAUUACCUGCUCUUGCCCCAAGAGCGCCCUCUAAUGCAAGGGCCAAGAACACGCCCUCGGAAGCCCAUCCGGUGUGGUGAAGUACUCUUUGCAGUUGGAGGGUGGUGUAGUGGGGAUGCCAUCUCCAGUGUGGAGCGAUACGACCCACAGACCAACGAGUGGCGCAUGGUAGCUUCCAUGAGUAAGAGGCGCUGUGGAGUGGGUGUCAGCGUCCUUGACGAUCUUCUCUAUGCUGUCGGCGGCCAUGACGGGUCCUCGUAUCUCAACAGUGUGGAGAGGUAUGACCCCAAGACAAAUCAGUGGAGUAGUGAUGUAGCACCCACCAGCACGUGCAGGACCAGUGUGGGUGUGGCUGUCCUGGGAGGGUAUCUGUACGCAGUAGGGGGCCAAGAUGGAGUAUCCUGUCUCAACAUUGUUGAAAGAUAUGACCCCAAGGAGAACAAAUGGACGCGUGUGGCCUCGAUGAGCACCAGGCGCCUGGGUGUAGCCGUGGCUGUACUGGGGGGCUUCCUCUAUGCAGUGGGAGGUUCAGACGGCACAUCCCCUCUCAAUACCGUGGAGAGGUACAACCCCCAGGAGAACCGCUGGCACACCGUCUCUCCCAUGGGCACCAGGAGGAAACACCUAGGCUGUGCAGUGUACCAGGACAUGAUCUACUCCGUAGGAGGCCGGGACGACACCACCGAGCUGAGCAGCGCCGAGCGCUACAACCCCAGGACCAACCAGUGGUCACCUGUUGUAGCCAUGACUUCAAGACGUAGUGGGGUUGGACUAGCGGUGGUAAAUGGCCAGUUAAUGGCUGUGGGUGGCUUUGACGGGACAACGUAUCUUAAAACAAUAGAGGUCUAUGAUCCUGACGCUAACACAUGGAGGCUCUACGGUGGAAUGAACUAUAGGCGACUUGGAGGAGGGGUUGGUGUUAUCAAAAUGACUCACUGUGAAUCCCACAUAUGGUAACACCUCCAGGUCAAAGGCCUCACUGUCGCUUGUGCCUCCGAAAUAAACAUUGUUUAUCAUGCAAGGAACGAAGGAAGACAAUAUUAACUGUAACUCAUCCACAGCCAUGUUAUUGGCAAGCCAAUGAAAUGUCUUGAGUGACUACAAGCUUUAUUGUUCCUGUGUCAAGUCUGGAAGGCUUCUAUUCUAGGAGCCUACGGUUCAUCUCUCUCUUCUGUACUUCCUGUAUUAUGACUUGACUGGCCAAGGCCAAGAGGAACCAACUCUGAAUAGAUCAAUCACGAGGAACUAUUGUUUAUGACAUCAUGGAGGCAAACACUUCAUUUCCCCUUUUUCGGUUACUGAAAUGGAAUGCUGCAGCUGCACUUUAAGAGACAGUUGAGACUUUUGCUGUGUUAUACUAUACCAAUGUUUAGUUUCCAUUGAAAUAUUAAAUGGGGCAUGAAGAAGAAUCUUCAAAGAGAGCUGAAGGUGCAGGAUGUGGUCUCACUGCUUCUCCUGAUCCUCGUUGUGAAAAGUGGAUGAACUUGUUAGGCAGUUGUUUGAAUCUCUAAAUUGAAUGCACUGUGAUUAUUAUUUUAGAUUGUUUUUUUUGUUGCUGUUUUUAUUAGUUUGACACACUGAGCAUAACCUGGAGUUCUACGUUCACAACUGGGGUCAAUUGUUGGUUCACUAAGAUAUUGGUACGGUGGUGCUUACACAAUAUUAUAACAACUGUUUCAUACAAGAUUGUUGCCCAUUUAAGACUGUGUGACAGUGGAUAUAAUUUUUUAGGAGCAACUCUUUUUACAUUAUAGGACACAUUUCUGAGACAGUCUUGCACUUUAAUCUAUUAUAGAUUCUUCUUGAGGAAUGAGUUGCAUUUUGGGUAAUCUAACACACAGUAAGGAAUAAUGAACUGGUUGAUGUAGUAUGCGUUUAACCUCUUCAUUGGUAACCAUGCAAAACAUAGAUGGACAUUCAGUAAUAUGCUUUAUUAAACAAUAUAUAUUUUUUAAAUAAUGUCUGUAAAUCCUGAUGUAUCUCAUGUUACCAUUUGUCACUGUUAUUGAGCGAAAUAAUAUACGAUCAUGCGUUUUGCUGAAACUCAACCCCUGUGGAUAUGUUAUCACCCAAAUGUGUCAGAUUCUGCAAGUGUUCGGAAGUAAUUAGCCUAAUCACCAAUCAUUUUGAAAAAGAACAUGUCCCUUUGGCUGUGUUCAGUCAGCCCAAUUCGGGUCAUUUUUUUCUACUAAUUGGUCUUUUGACCAAUCAGGUCAGCUCUGAAAAUGUGAAAAGCUCUAAUGUGAUUGGUCAAAAGAACAAUAAGUGGAAAAAAUAUCAAAUUGGGCUGCCGCUGUAAACCCAACCUUUCACACAAGUAUGGAAGCGUUUUGGUAGCAAACGUAUGGGUGCUUUAUUUCUGCUGAAGGUCUGAGAUUUCUCUGUAUGAGCUGUAAGCCUUGACAUACCAGACUGGCAUUUUACCCCUAUUAGACAAUGUGGAAUUGUCUGUACUGACAAAAUACCCCAUGCUGUUAAUAAAAACAAUUUUUUUAUUUCAAA